GUCUCGAUCAGCCCAAAAUCUCCGUUCCCGGAUUUUGUGCGGCCAACAGCAGAGGAGUGCAGGGCAGCACGUGACGCCCUAGCUCUAUUGCAUGGAGAGCCACGGCAGCACAAGCCAAUUGAUGCAGGAACGGCAGCGGCCGCAGCUGACAGCCUGCACACUCACUCUCAGCAGACAGUACUGGACUCUUUGGUCAGGACCAUUCUGUCCCAGAAUACAACAGAUGUCACCUCUCACCGAGCCUUUGCUAGCUUGAAGGCUGCAUUCCCAGGAGAAGAGGGAUGGGAGGAUGUGCUGAGAGCUCCUCCAGGCAAAAUGGAGGAGGCGAUACGGAUGGGCGGCCUCGCAGAUAUUAAGGCAGAGCGCAUAAAAGCCAUCUUGGCCACUUUGCUGGAGGAACGAGGCAAAAUUUGCAUGGAGUACCUCAGGGAAAUGUCAGACGACGAGAUCAAAGCAGAACUGUUCAAAGGCGUCGGAAAGAAGACUGUGGCAUGUGUUCUCAUGUUCUGCCUGGCACGGGAGGAGUUUCCAGUCGACACACAUGUGUGGCGCAUUUCAAAAAGCCUGGGCUGGGUUCCUGCAAAGGCCACCCGAGACGCUGCCUAUGAGCACCUAAAUUUGCAUGUGCCAGCAGACGUCAGGUAUGACUUGCAUGUACUGAUGGUGGAGCAUGGGAAGCGGUGUCCAAGAUGCGCAAGCAAUGGGAAGCCGCGCAAGGAGUCACAUGGAGACUGCCCUCUCAGGAACUUGAAGGAACUGGCAUUGAGAUCC